ACUAUUAGUGUCAAAGGUCACGCAUACUUUAACCGCACGUUACCAGGGGGUAGGCAGGACGCUUUAUGACGAAGUGUAUGAAGAUUAAGAUCAACAUUUUGCCGUCUUUUGUACUAAAAAGUCAUCAUGUUUGAUGUAGCAUUGAGCGGGGCCGGUGCAAAAGUCGUUCUGACGACAUCGAGCGAUGAGAACUACCCGCCAGAAAACAUGCUUGAUGGCAAAGCCGAGAGUUUUUGGAUCAGCACAGGGAUGUUCCCUCAGGAGUUUGUCAUCAGCUUUGCCGGGAUGAUGAAUGUCUCCAAGAUCAAGCUGUCCUGUUUCCAUGUCAGAGGGCUGAGUAUACAGCGUAGCGUCCAGAAGGAACCGUUAGACUUUGAAGUUAUCGAUGAGAGGGAACUAACGCCAUCUGACGCAUCCCUACAGCUGGAGGAAUUCAAGUUUGAUGAAACCACCGCCCGCCACAUGAAGUUCAUCAUCAAGUCUGGCUUUGAUCAUUUUGUCUCCGUUCACAAGCUGAACAUUGACGGCACCGCAGUCAGAGAAGCGGAAUAACGGUGACUCCACAGAAUACUACAGUAAUAUCCAAGUUCAGAUUAAUAGACCGUUAUCAUGUUGCGGCCAUCUUGAUUUUCUCCCCAUUCAAAUCGACGUAACCAAAGCGGGGCAGGAAGGAAAAAUAGUCUGGUUCCUUUUUGCACCAAAACAUUAUCAUUCAGUACUGUUAUUGGAUACAGGGAACAUGACUGAAAUGGUGGCAGCAUGAUGAAGGUCUGUAUUUCAAAGUCGCAACAAAUUAGGCCAAGUAAAAAAAGAAACCAGUUUCUCGUCCCCGCCCGCUUCCUUUUUUUCGUGGCUUUUUAAAUUUUUGUAUUCAUACAUUUCAUUUGCAAUGUAUUUUACAAAUAUAUUGUCAAUAAAGUCUUUUUUCUUUGUUUCUAACAAAAUUUUAGCUUUGUAGAAAGGGCUAUGGCUCCUUUAGACACUGAUCUGUAUCACUAUCGGCAAAAGAGUCGAGAAAAUGGAAGAGUCCACUCCAUCCGCCAUCUUGGGGAAGAAAAAAACCUGUCUCCUUCGUUUUUUCAAACAAUCGGUACAAGAAACUAUUUUUAAUUUUUACUUGGUCCAAGUUAUUCCGAAGACUUCUAUUAAGUUGAAUGUUUAAAAGGGAAUAUGCAUACAUCAUUUGCAAACAUCCAAUAAAAAAAAAUAGCAUAUUAUGAAAUACCUCACUUGACCGUUAGUGAAUGGCAGACUAAAGCAUCUUGUAAAAUCAUGGCACCUGGUGUGCUGUCAUUUUCAAGAAAAGUGGUAUUUUUGUAUCAAUUUCCAAUGCUGGUUGGCUGACCAGCGUUGGAAAAAAAACAGGUUUUUUAAAUGCUGCCCCCAAUUUACCAAAUUUAGCUAGUCGGCAUUUUGUUUGCAGUCAAUUACACACCUUUGAAUGGGUACAAUUCUUACAAUUCCCCCGAUGUCUAUCAAUUGCUCCGUUUCAUCUCAAGUGGGGUCAGGAAACCAGACUACAGGAA